CAGCAGCGUCUAUUCACAGCAGAACACGUCGAUUUACGGCUGUUUGGAUCUGUCGCAAAGCGAAACGCGUGGAAACGGAGGAAGGUUAAAGUGACUUUUUUGACAGGCACGCAUCAUGCCGUUCGUGGACCUGCAAUCUCGGUUGGGGAUCGACCUGGACCGCUGGCUGCUGCUGCAGAGCGGAGAGCAGCCCAACAAGCAAGUGGCGCGCUGCCAGGUCUUCGAGAAGGAGUUCGUCAAAUGUGCUCAUGGCAUCGGUUUGACCCGCGCCAUGAAGGAGUGUCGGCUGGAGUAUGAUGAUUUCUUCGAGUGCCUGAAUAGGCGGAAGCUUCACGAGCGGCUUUACCAAAUCCGUCAGCAGCGCGACAAGUUGAUCAAGGAGGGAAAAUACACGCCGCCGCCAUGUCACACCGACAAGCACGAAGAUUCGCCGUGAGGAAACGGCCGCUCUGCUCCCGUGUGUAGUAACUCAGAUAUUUCCUGUUCUCUUGGACUAGUUUGCAAAUAAAUGCUUGCAUCCACA